AUGCGGCCCCUCCCCGCACUCCUUACCGCCCUCUCAGCCCUCACGUUCGCCCUCGCGCACACCCACUCGCCCUCCUCGCAUACCCUCGAACGCCGCGCAACUUCAUGCCCCGCCCUCUCCCCCAACGGUCCGAUCUUGAGCCCCUAUGUGACGGAUUGGUUGAGCGGCGCGACGGCGAGUGUUCCGUGGGAGUCGGUGGAUAUGGCUUUUUACUUUUGCGCACUCACGACCGAGACGGGCGUCGGACUCGCACCCGGCACGUCCACCGCUGGAAUGAAGAACUUCACGUCCGCCGCGAAAGCAGCGGGUAAAGUGCCUGUCCUCACGAUCGGCGGCUGGUCAGGAUCCGUCUACUUCUCCGACCUCGUCUCGACUUCCCAGAAGCGUUCGGCCUUCGCGAAUACGAUCAAGAGUUGGGUGACCAAGUACGGCUUCAAAGGCGUCUCGCUCGACUGGGAGUUUGUCGGAAAGCAGGGCGCUGGGAACAACAUCGUCUCGCCGUCUGACUCGGCAAACUACCUUUCCUUCCUCGCCAAACUUCGUCUGACGCUCGGCACAAACUACAUCAUCUCUGCCGCCGUUCCCGUCGUUGGCCUGACAGACGCGGACGGCUCCAUCCUCAAAGACGUCUCGAAAUUCGCUCUCUACCUCGACUACAUCGAGCUCAUGGCCUACGACAUGUACGGCGCCUGGUCCAAGACGACCGGACCCAACUCGCCGCUUCAUACGUGCGACGCCAACUCGGACUCGAUUGAUGCGGCGGUCAAGCGCUGGGUCGCGGCGGGCUUUCCCGCCUGCAAGAUCCUCCUCGGCGUAGCCUCCUACUCCCACCGCUGGAAGACCUCAAAGACCAAGCUCUCGACGACGCGCUACAAUAACCAGACGACCCAGGCUUUCCAGGCUCUUGCGACGACUGGCCAGCCGACAGAUUCGGGGUGGACGGUGCAGCAGUUGAUCUCAAUGGGCUACCUCAGCGCCGACCUCACGACUGGUCAAGGCGGUUACACUCGCUACUUCGACACUUGCACUCAGACCCCCUUCCUCUUCAAUCCAGCCGGCGCGCAGAAGUCGUUUAUCACCUACGACGACGCCCAGUCGUACACGGCCAAGGGCAAGUUCGCUCUCGCAAAAGGUCUCGCCGGCGUCGCGAUCUACGAGUCGACUGGCGCUACGCCCGCUAUGUACGCCGCGCUCAAGACGGGCUUGAAGACCAAGUCGAAGCGUGCGCUUGCGUUCGGCGUUGACGGCUCGCUUACUGGACUCGAAGAGGGCCACUUUGGGUGGGCGAUGGACGAGUCGGCGAUUCUCGAGAAGGAGUCUCUUACGGCUUAG